UCGUGUCAUCCUAAGGCGCACUGGGCUUUGUCUUGCCUCUCCUGCAGGUGGGCUUGGCGAUCAAGCCUGGUACUACAGUCGAACACUUGGCACCUUGGGCCAAUCAGAUAGACAUGGCUUUGGUGAUGACAGUAGAACCUGGAUUCGGAGGGCAGAAAUUUAUGGAAGACAUGAUGCCAAAGGUCCAGUGGCUGAGGACACAGUUUCCCUCACUGGAUAUUGAAGUGGAUGGAGGAGUUGGGCCUGACACCAUCCAUAAGUGUGCAGAGGCAGGUGCAAAUAUGAUUGUAUCUGGCAGUGCUAUUAUGAAGAGCGCAGAUCCAAGAUCUGUGAUCAAUCUUCUAAGGAAUGUGUGUUCAGAAGCAGCUCAAAAGCGCUGUCUGGAUCGGUGAGACCUACCCAAGCGGUGUUCAAGAAGGCUCUGUGUGUGCAGGAGAACCCUUGUUUCUCGUGUGUAAGGGAGGGCUGGAUGAACAUUAAUUGCGGAAACUCGUUGCUGCUGAACAGAGGAAUCAUUCCUUCACUGCAAUGAAGCAAGCAGCAGUGAAAAACAUUCUGGCUGUCUUUCAGGGUUGAAAAACGCAAUGGUUUGAACCUGUCUCUUGAUUCUGUGGAGGCUAAUUUUAUGGCACAACCUAUAACGCUGACUGGAUUGAACUAAACUUCAGUCAGUUUUUGCUUACUAGAAGAGUGUAGCAUCACCACAAGCAAUCUCUCUUGGGGAAGACUCUAAUCAAACUGCCUUCUCCUGUCUGUAUUUUGUCAUUUGAUCUGUGCAUUCCUACAAAACUUUUCCAGUAUCUGCAUUAAACACCC